AUGGCAAUCCGCUCCGUCGUCGUCAAGCUUCGACCCGAAGCGGCUUAUCCUCUGUGGAGAUCCUUGCGCUCGUACGCUGGUCCGUCAAUCAGAGCCGUCGAUGAAGAAUUCAACACGAAGACGAAAAGCCACGAACUUGAGAGAGAGAUUCUGAAGCUGAAAUACCCCAGGGACUGUGCGACCACGGUGCUUCGGAGUUCGGCCGAUAAUGGCUACAAGGUUUCCUUUCUCGAGCUCCGUCGCUUCUCCGUUCGCCUCUUGAAGCUCAAGCGCCACAACCACGCUCUUCAGAUAAUGGAGUGGUUGGAGGGUCAAAGAAGGUUCCAGAUGUCGCCGGCGGACCACGCCGUUAAGAUGGAGUUGAUCAUCAAAGUGAAAGGUCUAAUGGAGGCUGAGGACUAUUUCCAGAAUGUGUCAGACACUGCUUCGCUGAAAGUGGCUUGUUGUCCGCUUCUCCGAGGUUAUGUUGAGGGAAGGGACACUGAGAAAGCCGAGGCAUUCAUGGCGAAGUUGAACGGGUUGGGGCUGAUUGUGAGCCCACAUCUUUGCAAUCAAAUGAUGAAGCUGUACAUGGCCACAUCCCAGUUUGGGAAAAUGCUUCUUGUCAUACAGGAAAUGAAGAGAAAUAGAAUACCGUUGAAUGUUAUGUCCUACAACCUUUGGAUGAAUGCCUGUGGGGAGAUAUCGAAGGUCGAGUCAGUCGAGAUGAUGGUUUACGCAGAGAUGAUGAGAGACAGCGGCGUUGAGAUUGGCUGGAGUAGUCUUUGCACUCUAGCAAAUGUUUAUGUGAAAGCAAGGCAGUUUGAGAAAGCCAGUUUGGUGCUCAAAAGUGCUGAGCAGAAACUAUCUAGCUGUAAUCGUCUUGGUUAUUUCUUCCUCAUAACGCAGCAUGCUUCUUUGAAGAAUAAGGACGAAGUUCUUAGGCUGUGGGAAGCAAGUAAAGCGGUGGACGGGAGAAUCACCUGCGCGAAUUACAUGUGUGUCUUGUCGUGCUUGGUCAAAUUGAGUGAUCUUGUUGAAGCUGAGAGAGUGUUCAGGGAAUGGGAAGCGAGUCGUGGUAAGUAUGAUGUUAGAGUCUCGAAUGUGCUUCUUGGUGCGUAUGUGAGGAAUGGACUGAUGGACAAAGCUGAAUCUUUACAUCUCCACACAAUGGAGCAAGGCGGAUGCCCGAAUUAUAAGACAUGGGAGAUUCUUAUGGAGGGGUGGGUGAAAAGCCAAGAGAUGGAGAAAGCGGUUGACGCCAUGAAGAAAGCAUUCUCUAUGUUGAGAGAUUGCCAUUGGAGGCCAUCAGAUGGUAUUGUGUUGGCCAUUGCUGAUUAUUUUGAGAAAAAGGGGGAUGUUGAACAUGCUCUUUGCUAUGUUAAGACUACCCAUGAUUUGGGUUUUGCAAGUUUGCCAUUGUAUAAGUCUUUGCUUAGGAUGCAUCUUUGUUCUCAGAAACCAGCAUUUGACAUCCUCAAAAUGAUGGAGAAGGAUAAAAUUGAAAUGGAUGAAGAGGCGUAUGACCUCAUUCAAGCCGUUAAGGAGUGUUAAACUCGG